GGUUCUCCUUUGCUCGAAUAUGUCGCUCUCCCCUGUUGCCAUCAAAGAAGCAAAUCAUCACAUUCAAGGUUUGGUGAGCCGUGUUCAUGAGCUGGAAGAGCAAGUAAAAGAACUCUCUGAAGCUCUAAAAAAACAAAAUGAAGUACAUGCCGAGAACUUGAGGGUUCUUCCGCUACGAAUGAAUCAAACAAUGAAACAAAAAGAUGAAGAGAUACAAGAACUAAAACAGAAACUUAAAUCUUCAGAAGCAGUCAUAGAGAGGCUCGUUCGAGAGAGUAAUUCCCGUGAAGCUUCCCUAGAACACCUGAAGAAUCGUUCCAGAGUUUUGGACGAGAUCUGCAAGCACCGCGAGGCAUUUGAGAGUAUUUUGAGUUGUUUGAGUAUAAUAGAAGACCCUGACGAUAGCUCGGGUAAAAUAUCAGAGAACGGCGUUCCCAGAGAAACAGAUUUACUGGACAGUUACGAGGAAGACGAGGACAUUAAUGGAAAUGAUCGGAGCGAAAAAUCGCACGGGAAACAUUGGGACAGCGGAACUGGAUCACGGAAUUCCUCGUUUUAUUAUGAAAAUUGUAAUACAGCACACGAGAAAGGGAUGCUACGGGAAGAAAAUUCCUCAAGAGAUGGUUUUCAGCAAGAUGAAGAAAAUCCACCUCCUUGUUUUGUAUGAUGGCCAAACAAACUAAAGGCCCAAUGUAAGGUUUUACUAAUUAGAUUUUAUCCCCACAACGAUUUAUUAUUGUAUAGUACACUAAAUUAACUUAACUUUAGGCCUGAUAAUUUAUUAAUUAGUUGAAAAAAAUUCGAGCAAUGAAUGUUAAAUGUUCCGGUGUGGACCGAAGGAUUGUCAUUUAGGAAACUUCUUUGUAAUUUUUGAUGUUUAAUUAGAUUCACCAAGUCUUGAAAAUACACAAAUUUUCAACUUCUCUUAAUUACCAAUACUUUUCACUGGCAGUUUAUUGACUGGUGACAAUUUUACAAUCCUCAAGGUCUUGCUCACCUUUGGUACAGACAAGGAACAUAAAAGAACGUGUUCACUCGUGACAUACAUUUGUAUACUAGAACAAGCAUUUUUUAAAGAUUUUUAACUCACUGUGCAUUCCUUUUCAGAUAAUCAGUGUCAUGUUAUAUAUAUAAUUAAAUAAUAGAGGUAGUAGCCUUAUGGUCAGUGUGCCAGACUCAAGAGUCAGGAAACCUGGUCAGCUAAUUGUGUUGUCUUCUUGAACAAAACACUUUACCUUUACAGUGACUUUCUCCUCCCCGGGGUGUGAUUAGAUAUCAGCAACUAGUCAGGGUAGCAGAUGAAAUACUGUCAAGGGAUAUCCUUGCAAUGAACUGGCAUCCCAUCCAGGGGGGAGAAGUAACACCCUUAGUUGCUUUAUGCAAUGGAAACCAGCAUAAGCUCCAGGUGAAUGGGCCUUGGCUCAAUUACAGACAUUACGUUUUAUAUGAAUGUAUAUUAAUAUAUAAAUUCCUACACGCACCUCAUGUAAUGAGCAGCUCUUUUUUGUGGCAAGUUACAUCUACAUCGAUCUACAUAAUUUAUUUGCAAAAUCCUAUSAGGACAUACAGCAAAUUCCAGUGCAAAGUGCAAAGAUAAGAAUGAAUAAAUAUGUAUGCAUAGCUAAAGUAAUAAGUAAUUUCGACUCACUAAUUCUAAAAUAAAAAGAAAUUGGUAGAGCUUAAACUUAAGCAGAGACAAAAUUAUCCACAGCCACUUUGAAGUUGCUUGGUGAAGUCAUCUUAAGGUGACAGAAGGAGUGGAACAUAAUUAGUGUCGAUCAAUACAUUUUCCUAUUUACUUUUUUAAGACAUCAAUUUAUGGUAUGUGUAUAAUAAUUUGCAGGUUCUUAAAUUUGUUUUUGUAAAAUUAUAAUUAUGUUCAAUUAUUCAUCUUGUGAGAAUAGUUUGUUAUGGAGGUCAUUGGAAUGGGACAGUGUUUUGCAAGCCCAACUGCAGAUUGUGAAUCAGUUUUGACACAAGAAUUAAAUGUUUUAGUAUUGGCUAGGCA